AUUGAUCAACUGGCACCUCUUGAAAUCUAUAAUUAAUGCCGUCAUACAUUUGCGCAUAGGAUAUUCUCCGAUCUCCGUAUACACGGCACAUGAACCUUGUACUAUACAACUAUACGUACUCUUUUCCUUGCCGUCCACCUUUGUUCACGCCGCUGCUUUCCCUCGUGGCAGUUUACAGUUUCAGAAAGGGCGUCAGACACAUUGUCUUGGAUGUCUAUAGGAUUGGGUGGCUCUUGGCUCUCUUUUUGCUGUACACGAUAUCACCACCGAUUCAGCAUCAGUCUUCGUCUUUUUAUCACCUCAAUAUCUUUUGGGUCCGCUACAUAUUCAUGGUCUGCAUUUCGUUCGGCGCUUCGGAAUGGCACAGCACAUGCUCGGCUGGUCUCAUAUCUCGUUACCCUCGCUGUUCUCUGACUCCUUUUACUAUUUUUUCUAUUGCUAUCAAUCUUUAAGAUAUUAAUACCAUUAGUUCUUGAUGUUUCGUUUAGUACUAGGGGCUCAGGCAGCCAUUAUACACUUAUUUGAAGUCG